CUGUUGUUACUGGUAAUUCCUCCACAGACGCAAAGGGUUAAAAUACUAUCAAGCGAGCAACAACAAUCUUGGCACGCAACACCCGGUUGGUUAGCGAAAUCUGGGCAGAAACCCAUUUUCACCUGGGCACUAGGGUAGAUAAUCCGUUACGGGCGUGGGGUCCACUCCGCCAGCCUGGGUAUUUCAGAGCACGCCACGCCGCCAACUGCGGCGAAAUCUUCCAGAAACAGAAACCCGCCCGCCGCCGCGAGCGAGCGAGAGAGGGGGAGAGAGAGAUGGCGCAGGAGCCAUGGAAGGUGCUCGUCCGGCAGCGGGUGGAGGAGGCGGCCGGCCGCUGCGCUCGCGCCCACGGGCCGAUCGCCGAGGUGCUGGGCAACCUCGGGAUGCCGGAUCUCGUGGCCGACGUGCCGGCCUGGCUCGCCUGGGUGCCGCGAGCGGAGGUCGCGCUCGCGGACGCCUCCCGCGACCUCACCGUCGCCGCGUCCCUCAUGGCGGCCGCCGGGCUCAUCGCGACCCGCGGCGCCGCGGCCCCUCCGCGCUCCAUUGACGGCGGCGUCCCCGGGCUCCCCGGCGACGACGAGCUCCAGCGCUCCGGCCUCAGCGGGCUCCAGGACGCCAGGGCUUGCGCCGAGAAGGCGUGCGACUCCGUGGAGACGUCCCGGGGCCACCUGUGUGCGAUCAGGAUGCUGCUUGACCACCCGCAUCUCCCCGGCCUCUCCGGCCUCCUCCACGACAUGCGCGCUUCCGCCCGCCAGGAGCUCGACGCCGCGCAGAAGCUUGAGCAGGAGAGCAUCUCGCUUGCCCACGGCGUGUGUGGGCUUUGGACGGCGACGGCAUCCAUUGAUUCUGAUUUCGCCUGAUAGCUUGCUGUUGCCAUACGCCUAGCCUACCUAGGCCAUCGUACGUGUUCUUGCCUUGUUCCUGAAUUCAUCCCAUUCCUCGUCUCCUAAAGAGCAGAUGCCUCGUGCUGUUUCUUUCAUACUAUGAUUAUUGAUUCUUAGUGGAUAUUACGCAAAUUGUUCGGAUCAGGUUAAGUACUAGUGGAUAUUGUGCAAGCCUUUAUGGCUGCUGUUGGUUU